AUGUCCAAUGGCUCGAAGUCGCGCUCCUCGUCGUCCUUUCACUUCUUUGCGGGCAUGAGCUCGGGCAUACUCUCUGCCGUCCUCCUCCAACCCGCCGACCUGCUCAAGACCCGCGUCCAACAAUCGCACCAGAACACACUCCUCGCAACUAUAAAAACAAUCGCAAGCGGUCCAAACCCAAUACGGCAGUUCUGGAGAGGCACACUGCCAAGUACAUUACGCACGGGAUGCGGCUCCGCGAUAUACUUCUCCGGCCUGAAUGCGCUGCGGCGGCGGGUCAGUGAGCGCGCAAGCCUGCGCGCCGGUGACUGCGCAAAAACAGGAGAUGGACACUCAAGUACUCUGCCCAAGCUGAGCAACACGGCGAACCUAGCGACGGGUGCGGUGGCGCGGACAUGGGCUGGCUUCAUGAUGAUGCCAAUCACGGUGCUGAAGGUGCGGUACGAGAGCAACUUGUACUCGUACUCGUCACUGUUCUCUGCAUCAAGAGACAUUUUCAGGACAGAAGGUUUUCGCGGCUUCUUCGCCGGGUUCGGCGCAACGGCUGUCCGCGAUGCGCCCUACGCGGGCCUCUACGUCCUCUUCUACGAGCAAUCCAAGAAGCGACUUUCCCGCCUUGCUACAACGAUCGAAGAGAAAUCUGGUAUGCCGGCUGCGACUGCGAGCCUCUCCUCUAGCACUUCGGCCGGCAUAAAUUUCCUCUCUGGCGUCAUGGCUGCUGGUCUGGGAACCACCUUUACGAACCCGUUCGAUGCGAUCAAGACGCGGAUACAGCUGAUGCCCAGUCGGUAUUCAAACACGAUACAAGCGGCGAAGAAGAUGCUGAGGGAGGACGGAAUGCGGAGUUUCUUUGAUGGGCUGGGGAUACGCAUCGCGCGGAAGGCCAUCAGCUCUGCGCUUGCGUGGACAGUCUACGAGGAGUUGAUUAGAAGGGCGGAGGGGAGGUGGAGAGAGGGUAUUGAAGAAAAAGUGUAA